GGCGGGGCUUCGGAUUCGUCGAGAAAAAAAUGUCAACAUGCCGCAGACUUCCACAGAAACAGAAACUGAGGCGGGAAUGAGGGACGGGCAGCAAAGAAAGGAAGCAACUCGGGCGUCUGAUAACGUCGUCUCUUUAAUAUCUCAGUUCGCAGAUGAUAAUUUAACACUUGUGCGGAAUAUAAGCACUGGACUGGCCAUUGCUGGUGUAAUCGUCAUAGCAAGGAGUAUCAAACUGAUCACAAAAUUUCAAGCUGCACGUGAGAUCCCCGCUCGCUUUAUUGAGAAGAACGUCAGCCUUCGUGGGAAAGUUCAUUCUGUCACAGAGAAAGGCCUUGAAGUGGAGCAUGUCCCCAUUUAUCUGCCUGUUAUCUCUCCAUUACUUUCAAAGUAUAAGGGUGUGUCCACGUCUCCAUUGCUGGUGCAUCUUGCAGGAGUGGAGCUGACACCAGAGGGAAGGCUAUGGCUGCAGGAGAACGUGGCUCCUUCCCAAAUGGUGUGGCUGAAACUUAUUAGCCGAGAGGGCGACAUGUUACACUGUUUUGUGUCUCAAAGCAGGAAGGGGUCAUUAAGGAGCUACUGUAUGAACGAAGAAGUCCUCGGGCUGGGACUUGCUCGCACUGCCCCCGUCCCUGGUGUCCUCUCUAACUCUCGCCUCUUCUGGCGUCUCCACAAACAACUGCACAGGGCAGAGGUGAAAGCUGAGAAGAAGGGUUGGGGUCUGUGGAAGGAGGACAGCCUGUGGGAGAGAACUUCCAAAGCUAUCAGCAACAAUGCUUUAUUCAGCCUAAUGAAGAGGAUCUUUAAAAGGACUUGAUGGACCAAGUGAGCAUUUAAUCCAAGUCAGAAUCCAAAAAACAGUUUGUUAGUAGUAUGGCCAAAAAUACGAUAUUUCACAUUCAUUUUAUUGUGCACUUAGGAUAUUUUGGAUGGAUGGAUUACCUGAACAGGGCAUUAGAUUUGCUUUCAAUUUUCUGACACUUAAAAAAAAAACAAGAAUUACAUUUUAACACCAAAUCUUCAUGACACACAUUUUGUAAAUGUUUACAGCUGGUUUUUACUGUUUCUCUGUCAGAAAAAGCUUGAAAUAAUUACAGACGUUGAAAGCUCAGUCUUCAAUCCCGAAUCCCUGAGCUUUCAUUACCAAUUAAACCAGAGCUAGACACGGCCUCAUCUGUUGGUGUGUGUGUGUGUGUGUGGGGGAAACCCCACUAAACUAAAGACGGGGGUGGGGUAUUUAAUAGUGUUCAAAAUGAAGAGGGGGUCCACUUGUCCACAGUUGCUAUAGAAACACCAAAUGUGAAAUACAAAGCAAACCAAAGGCUAAACUCUAUAUUGGGGGCCCUCAAACC